UUCUUUCUUUCUUUCUUUUCGUUUAUCUUUUUCUUUAUUAUAGCCACCAUGGCCAAACUUGCAAUUUUUCCAGAGGAUCGGUAUACGCUUCCUUCGUUCUCCAAAAUCAUUGCUACCAACAAUGUACAACAGCAGCUACGGUCAAAUCGACAGGCUCGAAACAAGAGCGACGGCAACAGAGCACUUCCUCGCCUUCGUCACUCGCUCAUGACAGCUGCGGAAAGGAGUAUCCAGUCAUCUUUGAUGACUGCCGAGUCACAACAGCAACAGCAACAACCCAUUAUAAAACCUGAAAACCUCCCGCUUGUGUCAAUCUGUAAAGGUCGCGGCCGUCGUCCCACUGAGGUCGAAGUGAUAUACAAUAGUAUGCAUAAAACAUUCAUCCUUCAAUAUUAUAUAUAUAGCCAGUUAUCUUUGCACCCAUUACAAUUGAGUGAAGCAGUAGCAAUUUCAAUUGUUUUCACCUCUAAACAUGUGAUAGAUGUACAACCCACCAACGUUUGCCAAGGAUGUAUUGAUGGGAACAGAUUCUGCUACUUUGAAGCACGUGGACCCAAGGCACGGCUGCGACGAUGCACUGCAUGUGUCGAAAAGCAUCUUCCCUGUGUGAUGAAGACCAGCAGAAAGAAAACGUCGAGCGUUAUUAUGCCAGAUCCACAAGGCGACUUGAUUGUGCCAUUGGCAUUCAAGAAUUAUUUCCUCCAGUAUCGCCGAGCACAAUACGUUGUAAAGCACCCGAACCGAUUCCCUGUAGGCUCGGAUGGACUUGACAAAGUCAAAGAGGCAGGAGAUAUUGUGCGACGUUUCCGCCCUGUCAGUCUUUUGACUUUGAAGCGGUAUUCAUGCAGCACCAGUCGUCAUUGUUCUGCCACCACCACCACUGCUGCUGCAUCUCCUGCAUUAAAGAUACCGGCAAAUUCUUCCAAAGUUCAAAGCAAUACUAUUAGCAACAAUGGUACAGCUACACCACCUCAUUCAAUUCAAUGACAUACCAAUCAUCAUGAUCAAAAAAUUUCAAAAAAAAGCCCAAAAAAAAAAAAUUCGUGUGUUAUUUCCCUUACAAAAAAAAUCCUAUACAACGUACUAGCGGUCCUUCCUCGCUUCGCUCGGAUGAAUGAGCCCCUCCGCUUCGCUCCGUGUCAUUCAACGGAAACGCGUCGCAAGGUGGUUCCCCCCUUGACCCCCAAGUGGGGGGCAAGCCCCCCAAACCCGCCCUGUCGAGCGAGGUUGGAUCAAUGUUUUGGUAUUAGAUGCUUAUUGUCUGUUUUCAAAAUCAAAAGCAAGAUCAUUGUGCAGUGAGAAGUAGCCUAUCAUAGAAAGUCGUCAAAGUUGGAUACUUAACUAUCUCCAGUUUAGAAUACAAUGCGAAAAGAAGUGUUGACAAAGAUGAUGUAGUGAUAUUGAUAAAAAGAGAAUAGGCGUGAAAAAAAGAGAAUAGGUGAGAAAAAAAGAGAAUAG